GCGAAAGCUGAGCAUUUCCAGAGAAUUAUAGUCGCUAUAGAGAACAAUCGUUCCUAAACUGGUUCUGAUUCCUGGUGUUUGGAACAAGCUCAGUUUUCUUUCCCCAGAGCCAGACGGAGAAGAUGAGGCGAGCCUAGCUAUAAACCUGGCCAGAAACAGAUUGCACCUUCACUUUCCAGAUCUAAAUUGCCCUCCCGGAAGCAGGGAGUCACCAGGACCAGGGAUAAAUUGCAGUUAUGGCGCCCUAGCUUGAGAAGCCCAUUGGAUGCAACUGUCCCCUUGAGAAGAAGCCAAAACUUCCUGGAGAUCUUCCUGGAGGUCCCAAAAUGGCGGCUGCUAUCCCUUCGGAGGAGGUGGUGAUGGUAGUUUUGGGAAAAGACCUGCCUGAGAACCAGGAAGUGACAAGUUACACCCCAGAGCAGAGCUCUGAGGCAACCCUGCCGUGGGACCAAGCCCAUCAUGAUACAUCUUGUGAGACACCAACGCUGGAAACGUUGGAGACUGACUCAAGGCCAAGUCCUGAGGGGAGCAGGGAAGAGGCCAUUAUGGGGCCUGGUGUGGACAAUGAGGCCUUCCCUGGAGUUCCUGCUACCCAGGUGGCAGAGAAAGAGGAGGAGGAGGAGGAGGAGAAAGAGGAUGACAACUGUAUGCCUGCGGUGGCAGCUCAAGUCUUCAUCCCCAUCGACCCCUACUGCAUUGAACGCACGCCAGUAACCGAGAAAAAGGAAUGGUACCCGGCAUACGACGAAGAGGACGAGAUUAUCCGCUGUGAGAGGGAGAACGCCGCCCUUGAGAAGCAGAACUUCAUCUCCCGCGGCUACUCAGCCCAUUUUGACAACUCGCCCAGCUAUGAGGGGAAGCCAGGCAAAACCUGCGCCGAGAGGUGGCCCUGCCUUCAAAACGGCACCUGCAGCUCAGCCAACCUCAAAGCGGUGGCUUCCAUGAUUGGAGCCGCCGUCAUCUUCCCCUGCCUGAUCUAUGGGGCAUAUGUCUUCUUGCCCUUUGAUGCGCCCUUCAUGCCCACCAUGAGCUCCCGCCUGGUCUACACCAUGCGCUGCGGCGUCUUUGCCACCUUCCCGAUCAUCGUAGGUAUGAUUGUGUACGGGGUCUCGCGGAUCUGCUUCUCCUCCCUGCAGCCCUUUGGCGAGCUGCGCCGGGAGGUGGAGAUCCACCGCCACUAUGUCUCCCAGUCCGUCCAGCUCUUCAUCCUGUACUUCUUCAACAUCUCCGUCCUCUCCACUUACCUGCCCCAGGAAGGCCUCAAGCUCAUCCCUCUGCUGACAGCCCUCUUUGCCAUUUCACGGCUCCUCUACUGGCUAGCCUACGCCAUGGGCCGCUCCUUCCGUGGUUUCGGAUUCGGCCUGACGUUCCUGCCCCUCUUCACCAUGCUGUUGUUCAACCUCUACAGCAUGUUCAUCAUGGAUCCAGAGAAUAUGUUUGCUGUGGCCGACAGCAGUGACAAGUCCUCCCAGGAGAAGGAGCAGCGCCUGGCAGCCCCCAAGCCUCGGUUCUGGGGGUGAAGAGGGCAGGUGGGGAGGGGAGAGGCCUCAGCCCAGGCCCCCUCUCUUGGAUGGCCGCUGCCUUGCCUUGGACUCUGGCCUUGACCCAAUGGACAUUUUACAUGAUGGCACUCAGGUCUCACUACCUGAUGGGGUGCCCACCGUCCCCUGCUAUAAUCCUAAUGUUUGGUACACCUGUAGGGCAAGGAGCCCUCUUCCCCAUUACUUUGAGACCACUUUGUCCUCAAAACCGGGGCCAAAUUGUAUCCUAUAGUACAGGGGUCAGCAACCUUUUUCAGCCGUGGGCCGGUCCACCAUCCC